GGAUGUGAUAUUUGGCAGGGCCUGUCCCUCCUGCUUCCCCGGAGCCCCCCAGCAUGCAGGCCCUUCUGCUGCUCCUCUGCCUGGGGCUGGCCCGCUCCCUCACCCUGCAGCCCCCCGAUGAGUUGCUCUGGGAUGGGGUCUCUCUCUUUUCCCGGGGACAGUGGUCGGACGCCCGGGAUAAACUUUGGGGGGCGCUGCGGAGCCUCCAGGAGGUGCGGGGAGUCCGGCUGAGAUGCGGGGAUCAAUGUGGGCUCCAAGGGGCCCAACUGGAGGAGGCGGUGAUGGAAAGGGCCGAGUGUCUGCUGAGCUGCGAGCGUCUGCAGAUGGGGGAGCCCUCCCGGUACCGGCUGACCCAGGACACGGAGAAGACCUUCCACAAGGGGGCGCCCUACAACUACCUGCAAGUGGCCCAUUACAGGCUGGAGGAAUUGGAUGAAGCGGCUGCAACUGCGUACACUUUCUAUAUGAGGAACCCCCAUCAUGAGCAGAUUCAGGGUGAUGUGACCCGCUAUCACUCCAUGAAGGGGAUUAAACAGCAGAGCUUCCGAGACCUGGAGGAGCCACCAUACAAGGCUUUGUAUGCCCAAGCAACAUCUCUGCUAUCUCAAGAGAGGACUACCACCGCAGUCUUGAGGCUGGAGGAGUCUCUGAGCUCCUUUCUGUCCACACUCCACGAUUGCCGGACCCUUUGUGAGGGAACACGGGAGCGUGAGAAUGAAGCACACCGUGACUUCUCUGAGGUCAUUGCAGAAUACUACACCCAAGUUUUGCAGUGUAAGCAGCAGUGCAUCGUAGGGGUAUCAUUGACUCCAGGACAGAAGAGCUCACAGCAAGAUGUCCUCAUUGCUCAUCUGCAGUUGCUUCAGCAGGGAUACGCUCAACUUGGAGACUGGGAGUCCGCCGCACAGAUCGCGCGGUCACUACUACUUUUCCAACCGAACAAUGAGACGGUUCUAGAAAGUCUACGCGGAUAUGAGCAGAAGGUGCAAAGCAAAAGUGAGAUGAGACCACGAGAGAAUAUCGCUUCAUACGUGCGCCAGGCGUUGUCGGAGAAGAAGUUGCUGUACUACGUCAUGGAGAACCUGGGCAUCGAUUUCCAAGAUCCGGAUCUUUGGACCCCGGAGGAAAUUAUUCCAGAGAGUCUCCGAGAACGAAUCAAGGCUGAGACAGUAGCUGCAGAGGAGGCCGGCGGACAGCUUCCCUACGAGGAGGUGACGGUCACUCUGACUCCAAAGCAAAUGAACGGGACAUCGAGAGUCACCCUGGACGGCGUCCUCACUGACGAGGAGUGUGAGGCCUUACUCGGGCUUGUGCAGGAAGCUGAAGCCUCUGGUGAAGCUUUGAAGAGAAGACGAUCGCCUCACACGUCUCACGAGCGCAUCCAGGGCCUGACCGUCCUGCAAGCCCUUCAGAUGGUCUCCUCAGGAUCGGUGGACCAAAACCGCGCUCAUUUUCUGUAUCACGCCACGGAGCGCGCUCGGAUUCUCACCCAGUCUUACUUUGAGACCAAGAUGCUACAUUUCUCGUAUUCUCAGCUUGUCUGCCGGUCGGCCAUUGAGGGCGAACAGGAGGGGCGCUCCGACCUCAGUCACCCCGUUCAUGCAGACAACUGUAUCCUGGACUCUGAGGAGAAGGAGUGCUGGCGAGAGCCCCCUGCGUACGUCCACAGAGACUAUAGGUGGGUGGCAGCAGAUCUGCAGAGUAGGAUCAUUAUGAUCUCGGCAGACCAACCAUUAAAAAUGCGAAAACCGUUUCCUAAUAUCUGA